AUGGGUUUACUCGAUUUCAAACUGACUUACCAGUGGCUCUACUGGACCGCACCCACUGGUGAACCGCCCGCUGCCCCCAAGGGCCUCACAAGAUACUGGGUAGAGACGCCAUCAGGCAGAAUCGAGGUUCUUUCGAACCAGGGUGCCAACCCGACUAUGUCAAAAACGCCCAUAUUCUUCAUUCAUGGCGGCAUGGGCAGCGCAUGGGUGUGGUCCGAGUAUAUGCAGUAUUUUGCCAGGCACGACAUACCGUGUUAUGCUGUCUCCCUGAGAGGGCAUGGUAACAGCUGGCACCCCUCAUACUUCCGGAUGGUGUACUUGACCACCAGAAGAAACCUGGCCGAUGAUGCCGUUGCGGCCAUAAAAUGGGUUCGGGAGCGCCAAGGAAGCGAAGUCAUGCUCGUGGGACACUCGAGCGGCGGCGGUUUGAGCCAGGGCAUCCUCUCGGCAAGGCAAGCCCGUGUAAAGGGCCUUGCGCUGCUUGGAGCUGUACCGGCCUUCGGAUCUUAUGGAGUAUACGCCAACUGGGCAAUGUUUGACCCGUGGUUUGCCGUCCGCAUGCUGUUCCACGGCUGGCACCCCAACUCACCCCUUUCCCACCCCUUCCUGGUCAAGCAAGCCUUCUUCGGCGACCAGAUGCCAGAAUCCGCCGCCCUCGAGUUCCAGAAGCACGUGAACCGCUACGAGUCCUUCCUCUGGCCCAUCAGUAUGAUGAGGCCCUUCAGCUCGGCUGCUAACAUUAUCGGCUCCAUCGCUAGCCGGGGCAGCGGCGAGCGCAUCAUGGUGUUAGCCGGCACUCAGGACAAGAUGAUGACAAGAGAUGUCAUGUCAAACCUGGCCGCGCUCUACAGAAAGGAAUUUGCAGACCUUGUGGGUGGUAAGAAGCUGGACGCAAAGGUUGAAGUAGUUAAGCCUCUCGAUGGCGAGGGCGACGACGACGAUGAGGGCGGCGGGGUCAGGCUUGCCUGGGUACCAGGCGCCGGACAUCAUUUGCAGAACGAUGCGAUGUGGGAGAUCGGUGCGAAGAAACUGCUUGAAUUCUACGAGCAGCUGUAG